CGUUUGAGAAACAUUCCCAAAAACAAUUUCAAUCUCGAUGAAAGGUGGAAGGAAGAAUCUGAAGAGGGCAGUGGAGGAAGAGAGCUUGACCCUCAAAGAUGGUCACUCUAUAAUGCAAGUGGUUUCUCUACGUGGUUCCAAUCUCAUUGAGGUCAUGGAUGCACAAGGAGAGAAAUCUUUGGCGUUGUUUCCAGCUAAAUUUCAAAAGAGCAUGUGGAUAAAACGAGGGAGCUUUGUUGUUGUUGAUGCAAGUGGAAAGGAGAAGGUUGUUGAAUCUGGCAGCAGAGUGGCAUGCAUUGUUUCGCAAGUUCUAUUUUACGAACAAGUUCGUGCGCUUAAGAAAUCACCAGAAUGGCCAGAAAUCUUCAAAUCCGCAGUUCCAGAUGGAUGCAACGCAAGUCUGCAGGGAGACACUACCUCCCAACAAGAAGAUAUUACUUAUUUAUUUUUGAAUAACUUUAGCUGUUUCACGAUCUAUGACUCCCUUGAUUUCAGACGGAAAUCAGUGUUAUCUUGUAACCACCAAGUUGGUUCUAUCCCUAAAUAUUCUUUAAGUUUCCCUCUAAAGAAAAGCUAUGAAGACCUGAAUGACAUUUUAUGUUCCAGUUUGGCUGAGAUUUUUCUAGCAAUUAGUCUAAACUUUGCCGCCAAUGCAUCAAUGGUGUUGAAAUCAGAACAGUACCUUAUACAUAGUGUAGCAACUACUGUGUGGUGCAUUGGUUUUGUGUGGUGCAUUGGUUUUCAGAAGGCUCAGGGAGGGGUGACAAUUUUAGGGGAUCUUGUUCUAAAAGAUAAGAUGAUCGUGUAUGAUUUAGCUCGUCAACGGAUUGGAUGA